AUGCGCCCAGUGCCUGCAACAGCAUUGCAGCUGAUGAAACGCGCUCACGUCGCGACGAACGUAGCCGUCGUGACAAAACGGGAAAAGGAAGAGAUAUCCGUCCCUUCUCAUUAUGGAAGUGAUGGGGAGCAAUCGACGAGUACAGCUUUCAAGAAUAUUUUCAAGAAGUUCAAACGACGCGUUCCACCGCCGGAUUUCUCCGAUGUUGUCGAUCCAACGUUAGCCAACGCUUUGAAAGGCAUCGUCGUUGAACGUCUAGGCACGAAGGAUUUCCAAGCUAGCACCGACGACGCCGAGCUUCUGGGCCUGAAACCCAUUGGGGAAUGGCGUAUCACGACGAUUAAAGGGCGCGAAGGCCUCUACAUAUUACCGUCUAUAAUUCGGGAAGAGACUCACCUCAAAUGGCUGCAACGAUGCUUCCAAUACGCAGAAACACCUAAUAUCACAAACCUGUCGGCGCAUGGCAAUACUCCAAAAACCGACUUUCUACGGAGCGCCGCCAAAAGCUUACGCUGGACGACGCUGGGAGUUGAUUAUAAUUGGACGACGAAGGAAUAUCCGCUUGAAGGAAGGCCUUUGCCGAUCGAAUUAAAGAGGUUAGCUACGAUAGUCUGCGAUGCAAUCGGCGUCGGCAAUAUGGAGGCUGAUGCGGCGAUCGUCAACGAUUCUCCACCAAAAUCUACAUUAUCGCCUCAUCAGGAUGGGUCUUCAUCAACAUAUUUGCGGAUUUUCUUGCAGCUGAGACCUUGUAGUAGGAAUGAAAGUGAGCUGAUGAGACGGGUUGAAGCCGCCUACCUCGAAUUCGGGAGGUGCGCUGCCGAGGAAAGCGCAGCAACUUCGGAUCUGGCGACGGAGACCGCUCAUCUCCUCUGCGCCGACAAAUUCCUCAGGCUUGUGACGAAGGAGGAGGCGGAUGCGGUGCUGCUCGAGUGGACGCAGCAAGACAAGGAACGGCUGAAGAACGGGAACGACAUUUUGCAGACGCUCACAUCCGCUGAGCAUGAUGUGCCCGUGCUGCCCAAAUGGCUCCAGAUGGCAAUGUGGACUGCCGAACGUAACGCCCGGGAGCAGUACGAGAAGGUUACCGUCAAGGACCUGGCCAAGUCGGUCAAGAAGACGCUGCGGGCGCGCGUCGACGACGCGAAAGAACGAUGGCAAGACGCCCGGAAAGAGACGUUGGCCUCAUACGAGCGCUACGAAGAAUUCGCAUCGGCGGCUACGGCGCAAACGUUAGAGCAGGUGGAGACAAAGCAGCAGCUCGUCAGAGACUUCGAAAAGGCCAACCACGGGAAGAAGACCACGACGGUUGCCCGUCUCGCGCAGGUGCCGUCGGCCGUCGACUUCAAGCCGUACUACCGGAAGCGGGACUUUGACUUCGGACCGUUCUACAGGAUGCCCGACGACCUCGACUCCGAAAACACCACGUCUGAAGUCGAGGAAGCGCUGCGAAGACCGCCGUGCGCCUGUGACCAAACGUUGGCCGAAAUCUCGGCUUCGGAGGACGCGCGUGAGAAGAACGAGACCAAGCCUCCCCAGCCCGCCGGAGAACCGGAUGAUGCGACGCGCAUUGCCACCGACCCUACGCACCCCCCGCUGGACAUCUCGGAUACGAACGUGCACAAUGGAGAUGCGGGCGAAGGCUCGACAAAGAAGGUGGAGAAGGCGCAAGAAUCGGCGGGUGCCCGCACCAUCCCACGGACUGAGCUGAAGGCUGAACGACGUGGUCGGCAUGAACAAUAUACGGGCCGUCAUGUGUGCACAAAAUGUGGACCGGAGAAAGGAGUGCAAGACACCACAACGAAGUUCGGACCGCCGCUGUGUAAACCGUGCGGCAAGGCCUACUGUAAUGCCCGCUCACGCGCCCAGGGCCGGGCCCAAUGCUCCGGUGAAUGGUGCAAAGGAGAACGCCUUUGUGGCUUCUGCGUCUUCGAGAAAGUAUGGACCGUCCUCGGCUUCGAGCUAGUGCCUAAGAAGACCAAGGCGAAGAGUCGAGUCACACCGGAACAAUUCCCCGAGGAAGACGACAAUGGCGGCAGCGAUCCGAUGAUGCGCGCA